UUCCGGUCUCGUGUCACGUGUGCUGUGCAGCACUUCCUCCUGUGUUUACAUGCAGCCUGCAGAAUGGAAGGUCCUGCCUGAACAUUAGCAGGUGAACAGUGACUGGACCGAGCUCCUCCCUGUGGUCAGAUCUUCACCCAGCUGUACUGAGUGGUCUCGGUUCUUCAUCUGUGUGCUGUCUGUUUGUGAUUUUUGACAGGACAUGCAGCACGCAAACUUUGAAACGCAGCACCCGCUGCAGACAGAAGAGCAGGAGACCGGCUACGACCCUCUGCAGAACUACAACCAGAACAGAGCGCGAGACGCAGCAGACACUGCUCCAGAGUCGACCUUCCAGUCAUACAGGAGAGAGUGGGAUAACUUGUUCCAGAACAGUAACUAUCUGGCCCGGGUCAGGCAGGCAGGCAUUAACGGUCAGUUAAGGAGCAGCCGAUUUCGCAGCAUAUGCUGGAAGCUCUACUUAGAUCUCCUGCCUGAGGAUAAGAGCCAGUGGAGCAAAAAGAGCAAGGAGCAUCGAGAUCAAUACGAGAGCAUCAAAGAGAGGCACAUCACAAACCCACGCAAAGCUGCAGGCCAGCAGGACCUGGUGGUGAACAACCCGCUGUCUCAGGAUGAGGGGAGUUUGUGGAACAAGUUCUUCCAGGAUAAGGAGUUGAGGAGUAUGAUCAAGCAGGAUGUGCUGAGGACGUUCCCAGAGAUGCGCUUUUUCCAGGAGGAGGAUGUACGGACGAAACUGACUGAUAUCCUUUUCUGCUAUGCACGAGAAAACGAGCAGCUGCUCUAUAAACAGGGUAUGCAUGAGCUGUUGGCUCCGAUAGUGUUUGUUCUUCACUCUGAUCAUCAGGCAUUUCAGCAUGCCAGUGAGACCGGCAGUCCCAGUGAGGAGAUGAAGGUGGUGUUGGAUCCAAAGUUUCAGGAGCAUGAUGCAUAUGCCAUGUUCUCACAACUCAUGGAGACAGCAGAGCCCUGGUUCUCCAGUUUUGAGCGGGAGGUGCGCAAGGGAAAGGAGGAGAUGCUCACCAGCAUUCCGUUCGCCAGACCCCAGGACCUCGGCCCCUCCGUGGCCAUCGUGACCAAAGUCAACCGCAUUCAAGACCAGCUGGUAAAAAAGCACGAUAUUGAACUGCACAUGCACCUGAACCGCCUGGAGAUCGCUCCUCAGAUAUACGGCAUUCGCUGGGUCCGGCUGCUGUUCGGCAGGGAGUUUCCUCUGCAGGACCUCCUGGUGGUGUGGGACGCUCUGCUCGCAGACAGCAUCACGCUGGACCUGGUGGAUUACGUGUUUGUGGCCAUGCUGCUUUACAUCAGAGAUGCACUGAUCGCCAGUAGCUUCCAGACGUGUCUUAGUCUCCUGAUGCACUACCCACCUGUCGGAGACAUUCACGCGCUUCUGCAGAAAGCUCUGUUCCUGAGAGACCCGAAGAACAAUCCAAGACCGGUGAACUAUCAGUUCCAGCAGAACCUUGAGUACUACAAAAACCACGGCACCGACUACGUGGACAGGGCACGGGCUGUUAACCCCAAGGUCGCUCCCCUCAACAUCAACAAGGUCUCCAGCUCGCUGCUCAACUUCGGCAGGAAGCUCAUCGCCCCCAUGGGGACCGCCCCCACCGGCGUCUCUCCAGUCAGUGAAGUGCUUUCAGCUUCGUCUCCACAACCUCCGAUCCCUCGGGCUUUAGCCGAGCAGCCGGCCAACCUCGCGCCGUCUCGCGCACCGGUGCAUGUGGCGCAGCAACGUCUGCUGAAGUCUGAGAGCAUGCCUGUGCAUCUGAGUAAAGAUGUAGGUUCUCCUGGAGUUUCUCAGAUCUCUCUUCCCAGCCAGAUACUCUCUGACAUGCCAGGUCAGACGUCCAGAACGGUGAGCUCCUCACCAAGUGUCGAGAGUCUGUCAGGUGGGAAGGACCAGGCCAUGUCAUCCCCGCCUCUUUGUGCUUCCAAGGGGCGGGACUCGAGCACAUCAUCCCCGCCUCUCUCAGCCACCAAGAAAGAUUUGUUCUUCAACAUCAGUCGUUCACGUUCUCACAGCAAAUCCAUAGGAAAAAGGGACCUGGAAGAGCUGGAGGCCCAAGUGUCCUUACUGCAGGGACAGAUCAAUGAUCUGGAGGCCAUGAGCAAAUACUGUGCCAAGAUGAUGAAUGUGCACAUCGGUAAGAUUCAGGACGUGAUACUGCAGGAGCAUCUGCAGAAGGAGGACGAGGUGCUGGUGUCACUUGCUGGACUUAAGCAGAUUAAAGACAUCCUAAAGGGAGCUCUGCGCUUUAAUCAGAGUCAGCUGGAGGCUGAGGAGAACGAGGAGAUCACUAUAGCAGAUGAUCACUACUGCUCAACCGGUCAGAACACGUCUCAGCAAGAGGAAUCCACAACUGUCAAUGCGGACAUGGACAGCGUUCAGGCAAACCCUCAGCUGGACGUCAGCCAUCACGCUGAGCAAGAGAAAGAAAUGGAGAGAUUGGAAAAGACAACAAUGCCAAGUGAGGGGGCACAUACCACAGAGCCACAGUUUGCUGAGGGGAAAAACUGGGACGACUACAUCCUGGUCUCUCAGGAUGGGGACCUUCAUCCAGCGGAUGGUGAGAUUGCCGCGCCCUUCAAGCAGGGGCGGAGCUUUGGCGUAGCAGAGUUUCAGGACCCUCUCAUGGGAACCACCUCUGGAUCAUCCAGCCCAGAAGAUGGCAGCACUAACAGCAAGGACUCUGAUUUUACCAUCGUUAACCCGGCUGACCUUUGAAACCUAAAAUAAAUUCUGUCCGUCUGAUCUUUAUGCUUUGACUUAGAGGAUCAGACAUUCUGCUGGACUUAUGCACUUGUCAACUUGGGUCGAUUGCCCUGUGGGAUCCAACUUCCCCAAACUCAGACCCCAGUUCAUCAUCUCUUUGUUCUUGUAUGCUUGGAUACUAAAUAUCUGUCUGUACACCUGUAUCAUGUGACACAAAUCUUUUUUGCACAAUAAAUUUAGCUUUCUAGUUACUGUAAGUUACUUUAAAAUAUAAAUCAUCCCAGUUUAUUUGAUAAAUCCUCUCAUCACCCCAUACCACUGCAUAUAACCCCUUCACAGACUCCUACUGUACAUGUAGCCUGACUCCUAAUACUACUCAAAUCUUUAUCACUAUUCAGACCUCUCUUGUUCUUUCUCACUGUUUGCAUAAUGACGGUGAUAAAAAAGAGGGCACUGGCAUACACACACACACACACACACACACACACCAUGUGUCUUAAAUAAAACGAAAAAAGAAAUGUAAUGGAUAUGAGCUAUCAGUAACCUCGCUUUCUCUCUUUAACGUUGAUUGUUUAUGACUCAGUGCCUCAGUACACGUCCAUGUCGUUCUUCUGUUCCAGUGUUUUUUCUUUUUCUUCUAAAUAAUUUUAACCCAGAUUGCAAUAUCUGAUUUUUGCUAAAUUAUGUUUUCCACCUUUUUUUUUUUAAAUCCUUGAUAUGUGAACUGUACCUUUUUUUUUCUCUUUCUUUCUUGUGUCCUUUGUUUAAAUUCUUUCGGCCCUCAAGGUAGCUGUAUGGCAUUGCACGUGUGGGAUGAUGGAAUGAUAUUAACUCCAGAAGAAUAAAAAGGCGUUAUUGCUCUUGCCUAA